UCAAGCUAGCACCACUCACAAAACAUUUAGUUGUCUAAAUUGUAUAGUAUGAUUGUAGGCAUGAGUGUUACUUACUACUAAAGGUGUAGAACUUUCAAGACAUGGGAGCUCAUCGUGCCACAUGUACCUUAUGGGUACCUGGGUAUGUCGAUAGAAUUUAGGGAUUUUAACUAGAUUUUCUUUCAUGAACGGGGCAGAGAAAGUUUGAAUCGUCUUAGAAUAAUCUUGUUUUCGAGGAAACCCGCGUUCUGAAAUUGCAAUCCUGAACAAGUACAUAACUUAAGGUACAGAUACAGGUCCGGAACUGUAUUUACUGUACUUAAAUCCUCGUACCUGUACCUGUAUCUGUCACAAAACGUUCUUGAGAUACACGUAUCUAGCUACAGCCAUUAUAGUAUCACUCCGAGUCGUUAUUCCGGCUUACAAAACACGCGAUAUUUCCUCAUUAAAGAGCAUUGCGCACUGCCACUACCCCAACCUGCAGUUAUCUUCUUACUUAAACGCAUCGGAAACAGGAAGAUUGUUACACUUAUGUCAUGACAGCCAGGGAUUUAAGACCAGCUGUAUGUAGGGUUACAUGAUAUAUUAGGAUUACUUAGUACGUAAGCUGUACAUUUUAACUAACCCAGCUUGCCAGCUGCCCUGGUUUAAUCUAUUCGAAGCGAAGGACAUCAGGAAUCAGGAAGAACGUCAUAAAACCAUAUUCCAAAGAUAACUGGAGCUUAAAAAGUAUUAUAAAGGUCUCGUUGGAUUAAAGUACAUUGUAUUGCAUUUCCUCUAUCAGACAUUUGCACACCAUAAACAUUUGCCUUUCCCCAUAUCGUCAUGAGCAUUCAGGUUUAAACUAACGGAAAGAGCACAUCGCACAAAGCUCAUAGUUGUCACUUUACUCAUCAACGACUGCUCCACGAAAUCCGAUGAUCAUGUACAACAACAUCUCGGAGUCGUACCCUCUACGGUUGGACAACAACUCCGAACCACUACCGUUCAACAGCAGCUCGGUCCCUCUAUUGUUCAACAGCUUGAGCUACGGUUUGACGACAGCUCGGACCCUCUACGGUUCGAGAACACCUCGAACACUCCACAAUUUGACGACGUGGUUCACUGCUACCAUUGGCACCUCCGCCAUACGAAGAUGUCCUAUCUUCAGGCCAGUGAAGCUUGCCCUUUAAAUGACGGCGGCGUGUUAGGUAGUAAAGGGUGGCCUGUGUACAUGUUUGGAGUCAUGGGGGUUUUCAUAAUAUUAGCCAAUGUCACGGUCCUUUUCGGCAUCAUCGGAACUCGGAAGCUCCACAAGGCCUUAUACCUGUACAUCGCAAACCUCGCGACUGUAGACCUCCUGCCAGGGGUUCUCCUUAUUUGUCUUGCUUUCGGACAGUUAGGUCGAUAUGGAUUAAUUGCUAUGCUACACUUCUAUAUGUGUCUGUUGUUCACCCAGACGAUGUCGGCAUCAGCUCUAUCUUUGUUAUCUAUAGAUUGUUACAUAGCUGUGAAGCACCCUAUUUUCUUCCGCAACAAUGCUUAUAAGGCAAAACGGAAUGCUUGUGUAGCAAUCGUAUGUUCGUGGAUCGUCCUGUCGUUGUGCGUAUUUUCAUCUUCUAUGGGCUGGAAUUGUAUUUAUGAUCGCUCCAUCGUCGUAAAAAGCUGCAUUAUAGUAGUCCCCUUGAGUUAUGCUAUUUUCGUAAUUUCCAUAAUUGCAUCGCUAUGUUUUGUCUUGAUGUUCACAAACAUCAGCGUUUUUGUACGCAUCAAACGACGCAAAAAAACAAGACUGCGACAAUUCAGAGGAGGUAUACGUAAGACCCAACGCGCUGAAGAUGGAGACAAUCAGGACAGGGCUGGAGGAAGCGAAGGCCGAGAUGGACAAGACGAAGCUCAGCGGAAAGCGGACUCCAGUGAAAGAAAAGCAAGGACAGUGAUGAUACUUGUGUCGCUGGCGUUCGUCGUCUGGUUACUAGGUUUUACAGCUCUUCCGUUUGCCGGAGUCUGCCUCCGGAACAGAGAUUUAUGCUCAGUUGCGACUUUCUCGAAUUUGGUGCUUUUCAUUAUGACGAUUAACUCGGCGCUCAACCCAUUGGCAAACAUAAUCCGCAUGGCCGACUUGAGAAAUGCAAUCCUGCAACAACUCACUUGUCCUUACCGUGGAUGCUUAAACUGUUUGGGGAGAUUUGGCCGGGAACAAACAUGUACAGAACAGGAACAGAAUGGCCCAAGCGACGGUGAAAAUAGUUAGGACAAAAACAGAACAGAUUGCUAUAUACAGCACUAGACGAGGCAACAUUCUAGUCAUCGUUCUGACAAGGGAGGGUUGCAGAAAAGAACAUGGACUUGCAAUUGGACACGAGCGAGUGGGAGUUUUUUUUUCAGUAAUUAAGUCAUUGUUUCCUUUAUACUACCUGACGAAAGUGUUUUGAUAAUGAUUAAAAUGUGUGCUUUUUUGAGGAAUAGAAGCCAAUCAUGUUUGUGUGACCAGCAUAUUAUUAUGUGUUAUGUGCAAAAAUAUACGGGAAUUAUAAUACAAUUUUAUCACAAUUCAUCUUGUACAUGUCUUCCUUGUCAUUUUAUCGCUCAGUGCAAUUGUGUUAAAUCCCUACAUCGUGAGCUGCAAGUUUCUCCCUGGUCAAUGCAGUGAAUAUACUUAAUACCCAUUGAUGCAAUUUGUACACAAGUUACAUUCCUUAGCGAAGUGCAAAACUUGUUUAGGUACAGAUACAGGUCCUGACCUGUACCUAAAACCGUGCAACACGUUACCUGUACCUGUCACGAAAAUAUGCUGAGGUAUUCAGGUCUACCUGCAGCCAUUGUAGUAUUAUUCGUUAUUCCUGUUCACGAAACACGCGAGAUUUCCCCCAUUAAAGAUUAUUGCUCACUGCCUACAACACAACCUGCCGUAAUCUACUUAAAGUCAUUAAUGGGAUUUAUUGGGAAACAGGAAGAUUGUGACACUAAAAUCAUGACAGGGCAGUCAAGACCAGCUGCAUGUCAGAUUAUG